GCUGCCAUCGCAAGCGGCGGCGGGGUCGCGUCUCACGUUAGCUGGAGGUUCCCUCGCGGAGAACGACGGCGGCGUCAUGAGCCUCUUAAACAAGCCUAAGAGUGAGAUGACCCCGGAGGAGCUGCAGAAGCGCGAGGAGGAAGAGUUCAACACAGGGCCUCUUUCUGUCCUCACACAGUCUGUCAAAAACAAUACUCAGGUGCUGAUCAAUUGCCGCAAUAACAAGAAACUUCUGGGGCGUGUCAAGGCCUUUGACAGGCACUGCAACAUGGUUUUGGAAAACGUUAAGGAGAUGUGGACAGAGGUGCCCAAGAGUGGAAAAGGCAAGAAGAAAUCUAAGCCUGUCAACAAGGAUCGCUACAUCUCCAAGAUGUUUCUGCGUGGAGAUUCAGUUAUUGUGGUGCUCAGAAACCCCCUUAUAGCUGGAAAGUAAUGGGCUGUGAGAGGGUUGCAGGUGCCCUAAAGCUUAGUUUAACAGGCUGCUGCCUGCAGGAUCACCUCUGAGAGACUGGCAUAGUUGACCGGUAGGUUUAAGCAUUGACAUUUUUCCGGAAUAAAUUCUGUACUGUGGGCAUUUAUUUCCUUAUGAAAGAAAGUAAUUGAACAACUUUUGUACUAUCUAAACUGUACUGAUAAUCCACUUCCCAAUCACCCAGGGUUAUGCUACCAUAUCCCACGUUGGCGUACUCUUUUUUUUAAUAAACAUUUUGUUAAAUUUC